AUGAACGGACAGCCUAUGAACGUUGCCAUGGCACUUAGCAUUUUGAUGUCUGAAUUGAAUGACAAUCCAUUUAAGGGACUGAUUUGCACCUUCUCCGAAAAGCCAGAAUUUGUGUCAUUGAAUCCAAAGGCUCCUCUUAGAGAACGACUUUUCACAUUGUCUGCUGCCAACUGGUCCAUGAAUACCAAUUAUCAAAAAGUAUUUGAUUUAAUCUUGGAGAAGGCAGUAAGCAACAAUUUAGCCAAAGAUCAAAUGAUUCGAAAGAUGGUUGUUUUUUCAGACAUGCAAUUUGAUGAAUCUUGUGGCCGUACCAAAACAGAUCAUCAACUCAUUCGUGAAAAAUUUGAGCGUCAUGGAUAUACUGUUCCAGAAAUUGUUUAUUGGAAUUUGAAUGGAACUUUUAACACCGUUCCAGUGACCAAGAAUGAACAGGGUGUAGCCUUACUAUCUGGAUUCUCAGCUAGCCUAUUAAGAUUAUUAACACAAACGAGUAGCUUCUCAGUAGAAGCACUGAUUGAUGCAUCCAUUCAGAAACCCAGAUAUGAAUGUCUUGUUUUAGAAGAUUAA